AGAUAUUUAGGCACUGGAUCCUGUGGGGCUUUGCAGCGUUUCCAAGCUGCAGGGCUAUCAAGUUAGGAUCGGGCGCAGGUCACCUUAACUGCCUGUGGAAAUCACUUGUGGCUCUUCCGAAGGGAGUCCGUAUUUUCUUGGAUCCCGUUUCCAGUUGUCCACACCAUGGCUUCCUCUCCUUCCACCCUCAAUCAACUAUGGCCAAAAUUGGGUGGGUUGGUUGGAGUUUGGUCCAGUGGUGAAAUCCAAAUUAUUUUACUACCGGUUCUGUGGGCGUGGCUUGGUGGGUGUGGUGUGGCUUGGUGGACAGGGGAAGGAUACUGCAAAAUCUCCAUUCACACCCCACUCUGGGGCCAGCCAGAGAUGGUAUUUGCCAGUUCUCUGAACUAGUCAAAAUUUCCGCUACCGGUUCUCCAGAACCUUCUGGAUUUCACCCCUGGUUGAUUGACAUGCCCAAAAUAUAUGAUUCCCUGCUUCCUUUGAAACUAGAUUGAUGGGCUGUUCUUGCAAUCCGUGGUGCUGGUCCUAAUCCUCUCCACAUCCAUCAUGCAAAGGCAUCCAUUUUCUUUGUCCUGCUCACUGUGUAAAUUUCACAAGCUUCGGGGCUUAGCUGGAAACUGUUUGAGGCCGGUGUUUCUCAAGCUUGGAAAGUUUAAGCUGGGUGGACUUCAACUCCCAGAAUUCCUCAAUCGACAUGCAUGUGCAGAAUGGCUGGGGAAUUCUGGGAGUUGAAAGCCAGACUUCUUUAAAUUUCCAAGGUUGAGCUGUAUCUGGACAGCAAAACCUGUUUCUUCCUGUCUUUGCAGAUAUAUCCAGCCCGGUACCAGGUGAUAAGAAGCGGUGCCUUUGCAAAAUUAUAAAUAAGCACAUUAAUUUUCAUCAUAGCCACUUUUCAAUUUAUACGUGUGAUACCUAAUUUCAUGUUUGAAGCAAGGAGGAGUUGGGGGUUCUCUGAAUAACUAUGCAUAGUUCUUUUAAUAGGCUUUGUAAAUUUAAUAAUACAGCUUUAUAAUUUUGCCAACAAAAUGCAAACUUUUAUUUUUAAUCGUUGUGCCAAAUUUUUUUGGGACUCCUCCUCGUGUCUCUCCCAGGUUGUUGUCCUUUGUCUCUGAAUGUUCUGCUGUGUGCCGCCAUCUUGAUGAAGAUCUUCAAGGAUGAAAAUGGAAGAAGAAGGAACUCUUAGUUGUCUGCCAGGAGAGCCGUCCAAACCAGCCGGAGAAAUCCUUCACGGAGUCAUUGUAGAUUGCAAGACCAGAGUGGACUUCAGAGGACGAGGCAAAUCUCUGGAUGGAGAUACAGGAAGAUCAUUUGGACAGGCCAUCCUACCUCAGGUGAAGGGAGAAUCAGAAGAGGAUCUAACCCAGCACUGGGAAGUCCAAUGGAAGACAUUGUUGAGGACAAUGGAGUCCUCUCACUCGGGCUGGGGAAUGACCCAUUUCCCAGAGGACCCUUCCUUGUGGGAAGACGCCAAGACCUUCCUGGGCUCCUUUGAGCAAGUGGCCAAAGCCUGUCACUGGCCCAGGGAGCAAUGGGUAACCUGGCUUUUGCCCGCCCUCAAUGGAGAAGCCAGGCAGGCCUUCGAUAAGCUGGAAGCUGAAGACCGAGAGGAUUAUGGGAAAGUGAAGACGGCCAUCUUGCGAGGGGAUGCUCUGAGCAGAGAGAAGAUUCGCCGGCGCUUCCGGCAGUUUGGCUACUGGCAGGCCGACGGGCCAAGGGCCGUCUAUGCCCAGCUACGGGACCUCUGCCGCCAGUGGCUGAAGACCGAGAAGAACAGCAAAGAGCAGAUUGUGGAAUUGCUGGUCUUGGAACAAUUUCUGGCUAUCCUUCCCCCGGAAAUGCAGAGCUGGGUGUGUGAAUGCGGCAUGGAGACCUGUGCCGAGGCCGUGGCCCUGGUGGAGGAUUUCCUCUUGAGGCAGCAAGAGGCUUCAAGGAAGGAAAAGCAGGACAUCUUGGAGGAAGUCCAGGCUGUUUACUCCUGGACUCCGGCUGAGCCCGGACAGAGACCCCUCUAUGUCGAAUCAACACUGGAAGGCAGUGAUGGACAGGCCACUUUGUUAGAAAGUCCACUGUUACCCCAAAGUGAUGUCUCUUGGCUGGGAGAGAAAAACAAGACAUUUUUUCAGAGUUCAGAAGAAAGAACAUCCCUAGAAAGUGUCUCCAAGAAGGAAGAUGGAGGUGAAACACGUAAAGGGUUAGGAAGAGCCAGAUGCGAAGCUCUGAGAGAAAUCGCCUGGAAUCCGGAUAGUUCACAGAUGCAAGAAGUUGAUCAGGCCGGAGAAAAGGAUAAAUCUCUGUCGGAUCGGACCACUGAUGUGGACAAGGUCCCAGUUCCUCAGGAAAAGCAGCGGAAGAAGAGGAAAAACCGGUGCCUCGUUGUUAUCCCAGAGGAGAGACCCAGUAAAAACUCAGCUUUUGGGAAGGGGGUCCCCCUCCAUCCAAGACUCCAUAGCCGAGAACUGCCCCAUAAAUGCUCGGACUGCGGCAAGGGCUUCGGUCACAAAGCGAACCUUACGUCGCACCAGAGAGUCCACCGGCUGGAGAAGCUCUACGACUGCUCCAACUGCGGCAAGACUUUCCUUCGCAAGUCCAUCUUGGAUAUGCACCUGAGGAUGCACACGGGUCAGAAGCCCUUCAGCUGCUCCGACUGCGGCCUAAGCUUAAGCGCCCAUUCGAGUCUCGUCAGGCAUCAGCGGAUCCACACCCGGGAGAAACCCUACAAGUGUUCCGAGUGCGAGAAAAGCUUCAGUCAGAACUCGGACCUGAUCCGGCAUCAGCGGCUUCACACGGGGGUAAAACCUUAUCAGUGCCCUGAAUGCGGGAAGAGCUUCAGUCGGGGCGACUGCCUGGCUACCCAUCAGAAAAUCCACGCGGGGAAAGAGCAAGGCGGGAAUCAGACAGUAGCAAAGGCUUUUGUGAUCAAUCAAGUCCUCUUCAGCAUUCUUAACUCAACUUUGCUGGCUGAAUUUGGGCAGUUUUGCGGGAGUUUCUCAUUGAUUUCUUCUGCGAUCUCUUUUCACGUCCCACAGCUCUGGAUUCCCAGGGGCCCCCAUCCAAUAGCCGGAUCCGACCCGGCUUCACUUCCACGCUCUAAACCGCCCCGCAAAACUUCUGCCCACUCGUUCCAAUUACAGGAGUCCAGAAGUCCAGAUUGCUCCAACGCCACCCAGUCUUUCUGGGACUCUGAAUUGGGGCUGUUGCGUGUCAUCGUCAAGGAGGAAGAUGACAGCGAAGAGGCCCUUCCGUCAGAAGACUGGAUGGCAAGAUCAGCCACAGAGGGAGGUUUCCUCCCCGAAAGCUUCACUUCACAGCAUCAGCUGAAACGUUCACCAGGAAGUUCUCAAGACAAUAAUUUUCCUCCAGUGGAAGUGGAAAACAUCCAGAUUAAGGAGGAGCCCGCAGAGGUGUCUGUAACGAUACUCGAGCAUCCGAACACCGAAGGGACGAGUGCGAAUAAGUGUGCCCUGUGUGGGAAGACCUUCAGUUGCAAGUCGGACCUCACCAGGCACCAGAGGACUCACACGGGCGAGAAGCCCUUCCGAUGUUUCGAGUGCGGGAAAAGCUUCAGUCGCGGCGAUUAUCUGAUUUUGCAUCAAAAGCUUCACCGGGGGGAGAAGCCGUACAAGUGCUCGGAGUGCGGCAAGGGUUUCUACCGAAGCACCCGGCUGAUUUCCCAUAAAAGGGUCCACCUGGCUGAGAAACUGUACAAGUGUUUCCGUUGCGGCAAGAGCUUCGGCGACGAGGCCAAGCUCGCCCAACACAAACAGGCCAAGCACACGAACGAGAGGCCACACACCUGUGCCGAGUGCGGCAAGAGCUUCCGUCGGAGCACCCACCUCACCAGGCACCAGAAGAUUCACACCCGCAAAGCCCGGUAUCGCUGCCUGCAGUGUGAGAAGACCUUCACUUGUCGAAAGCAUCUCCUGUCCCACGAACGGACUCACACGGGGGACAAACCGUACAAAUGCCUGGAUUGCGGCAAGAGGUUCAGUUUCAGCGGGAACCUCGCCUCGCACCUGAGAAUGCACACAGGGGAGAAGCCCUACCUGUGCCUCGAGUGCGGGAAGAGUUUCAGCCGGAGCGCACACCUCACUUUACACCAGAGGACCCACACCGGGGAGAAGCCGUACACCUGCCUGGAGUGCGGGAGAGCCUUCAGCCAGAGCAGCAACCUCACGUCGCAUCAGCGCAUCCACACCGGUGAGAAGCCGUACGAGUGUCCCGUCUGCGGGAAACAGUUCUCGCGCGGUGACUCGCUGGUCUCGCAUCAGAGGAUCCACGCCGCGGAAAUAAUCUGAUCCGGGGUUUAAAGGGCAUUUGGCGCAACGGGAGAUCACUCUGCAAUGAGCUUCAACUGCAAAGGAGGAAAAAAAUGGGAAAGAGAGCUGACUCUCGUUUCAUGUCAAAUAAUGUUUCAGAAGCUUCUUCGUUGUCGUCUUUGGAGAUCCUCGAAGGUUGUGGUUUUCCCAAAGAUGCUUUUGUCCAAAAGACAACUGGACUUUCUUGGUGGUUUUUUUUUUUUUCCUCCUUGAAAACGUUUCGCUUCUCAUCCAAGAAGCUUCAGAAUGGAAAUUCUUCAAAAUGGAAUCUUCUUGGAUGAGAAGCGAAACGUUUCCAAGGAGGAAAAAAAACAACAAGGAAGUCCAGUUGCUGUUUGGAAAAGCACCAUUGGGACCUCUUCAUUUGUUACAUACAUGGACGAACAGAAUUAGAUAACUAUAGUCAAGGAUAGUGUGUUAUAUGUUAUAGAGAAGGGGUGUCAAACUCUAGGCCCAGGGGCCAGAUCCGGGCCGCGGGGUACUUAGAUCUGGAAACAGCAAAGAAUUGGCCCGUGAUGCCUUUGCCAACAAAAAUGGUGCCUGCAGCCCUCCCGAGCUCCAUUUUUGCUGCUAGAGGGCUGCAGGACGCUGUCGCAGCCGAAAACGGAGCUCGCGAGGGCCGUGGGCAGCCUCCCGAGCCCCGUUUACACUGGCUGAGGGUUGCAGGAAGCCAUCGCAGCUGAAAAUGGAGCUCGGGAGCCCGUUUUUGCUGACAAGAGCGCUCAGGCCACCACAGGCACCCCCGACACAAGUGAUGUCGAGCUGGCCACGCACCCCCUCACCCCGAGAUCAAACACAACCCUGAUGCGGCCCUCAAUGAAAUCAAGUUUGACACCCCUGUUAUAGAGGUAUAUAAGUAUCUAAGCAAUGCCCUGCUGGAUUGGACCAUCUUCUUCGCCCAAGGAAGCCCUCAGGUCUCCCCGAAGAUGGCCUUCAGAGGCAGCCAUCCUGCCAUCAAGACCAAGAGCCUUCCUUCGUUCAGUCAGUGAUUUAACUCUCCUUCUCAUGGAUGUUCUGAAGUAGAGCACCCUGAGAAGGAGCAUUCUAUCUUAACGAACAUGGUAUCUAUCAAUCUGCCAUCUGUUGAAAUGUUAUCGUAAGAACCUUAAACUGUGCCCUGCUGGAUUGAGUUCCCUGGCCCAUCUGAUCUCACAGCUUGUUCUCCCAGUUGGCCCACGAAAACACCCCAAGGGUGAACCACCGAUCUUCAUGAUGGCCUUCUAAGAGCCAUAAUCCACAGGGACUAGGUAGGUAGGAGACUGUUAUGCCCCAAAUCUCUUCGAACCCAGAGAGAUUCCAUAGUAUCCAUAUUUUCUCUCUCUCUCUCUCUCUCUUUUUUUGGGGGGGUGGGUGGGUAAUUCAAAAGCUUGUUGGUUGUACAAGGGGGGGGGGCAUGCUAUAUUUUUUGGUCUCUUCCUACCAGGUUGUAUGUCAUAUAUCUAUGGCAACGGAUGAGACUGGCUCAUUGGCCCACAAGCCAUUUUGCAGUCCUAGUGGGAUUCAGCCGGUUCAGGCAAACUGGUAGUUAAAUUGCUGGCUGGCUCUGCCCCUCCCCUCCUCUUCCAGGAGUCCCCACGCACCCCAUUUUAGCUCCCAGGUAACUGCAGAAAGGCCGCCUAGGCCCAAAACAGGGUGCGGGGGGGUGGCCCAUUUUCACUCCCAGGAGGCUGCAGGGAGGCCUCAGGCCCAAAAUGGGGCACGGGGAGGUGGUGUGUCCCCUCCCCCCCCCUCCGUGGCCAAUUUUCGCUCCCAGGCGGGUGCAGGAGGCCCAGUGCUGCCUGUCACACCCCCUGGCCACACCCACCAUGGCCACGCCCACCCAGCCGGUCAUUAGGGCAGAGAAACCGUUUUUAAAUUAUUUGAAUCCCACUGCUGGCCCUAGGGGAUUUAAAAAGAAACCAACCAACAUCCCAGUGUUACACAAUCUAAAGUUGGAACGGUGCAUGUUAAAAGGGCUUUAAUGAACUAUUAUUGCUUUGUCCUUAAGGGGAGGUCUUCGGGUGAUAAUUUGAAAAAUCCUCCUGAUUGAUCUUGAAGGAAGAAUCCAGAGGUGAUUGCUGGAUUCUUGCGGAGCGUGAUGAACUUGGUUGAAAAUACGGAAUAAAACAUUACCUUUGUGGAUUACACACACAUAUAUAUGUAUAUCUAUUAUAUAUAUAUAUAUAAUAGUAUAUUAUAUUAUAUAUAAUAUACUAUUAUAUAUAUAUAUCCCACUAUCUUCCCAAGGAGACCAAAAAAGGCACCGCUUUCCCCUGCUUUCUGGGUUUUUUUUUCUUCUUAAACCUUAAACCACAACAUCCCUGACAAGGCAGGCCAGACCAGACAUGGAGAGAGAGAGAGAGAAAAGGGGGAACUGGCAGAGUCCCUUGGGAGUUGGGCGGCAUAGAAAUGCGACAAAAUAAAUAAAUAAAUGAAUAAAAACACUUUCUUUUCGGAAAUGGUUGUGGGAAUUCCUUGCUCUCCUGGUCCGACAGCAAUCAUCAUUCUAAUCUCCAUGUGAACCGAACCUUGAUUUGAGAUCCUUUUAUCGCCCUGGAAAAGAAAUGAAUUUGAAUCCAAACUAUUAAGAGUUGAAAGGGGCCUCCGAGGUCAUUUAGCCUGACCCCCUUGCCCCAAGCUCUGUUGGAACAUCUCUGACGGAUGACUGACCAUCCAGCCUCUAAAAGACCUCCAGUGAGAGAGACCCCACUAUUUGGAGGGUGUGUGUGGAGGCUCUUCCCACUGCCUGACAGGAAGCCGGGAGGCCGUGAGCCCGUAAACCUAACUGUGAAGGGAAUGUCUCUUCUAAUACGGCAUCAUCACCAUUUGGUCAAUUCUAAGUAACAUUUCAGUGUGCUUUCUAGCUUCCAAAGGUUGGAAAACCCACCCUCUUCCCUCCCGGUCCUCCAUUUCAUUCAUUUCUUCUUUCCACUAGUGCUCAAGGCAGCCAACUUGGUUUUCUUUCUUGCACCAACAGUUGUGCAAGGAAGACCGGGUUGGAAAGGAAGAAGCGGUUGUGAGUUUUAAGAAUUUGACCCUGGAUUUCCCCACCCCACCCCAAAAAAACCCACCAGAAAUGUCAGCAAGGCUCAACUAGUGUUUCUAGAACUGUGAUCCUCAAAGCAUUUGAAGAUGUUUUGUGAGUGGAUCCCACAGUCCAAGAAAAAAAAGGAUUGCUUUUUGGAUCCAUUUCUCUAGCCAAAAAUAUUCUUUGCCGUGAGUGAUGGAGGCAGACCUGAAAAACCAGGUUGAGGGGAAUCAGAGAAAAUUUUAACAAUCUAAGGGUGCAAGGCUCAAAUCAACACAUUGGCUCUAAAAAGUGCAUGUCUACACAUUUCAUGUCCGUCUCAAGAACGCUGGCGGCAUUUAGCAAUCCGUCUUUUAUUACCGCGGUGUUAAUCCAGUGUUAUUUCACUACAAGGAAAGGGCUGGACAAGAUGAUCUCCAGAAUCCCUUUCAUUCUCUGAAACCUAUUGUCCCCACUUCUUCCUCCGUGCUGUCUAGACAAAAACAAAAAGUUCAGGGGACUUUCCUGAUUUUAUUAUAUUAUAGGUUAUAUAAUUCUUGUAAUUGUAUUCUAUUAUCUAUCCUGAUGGCAGAGCUCUACGGAAUGAAGCGCUUAAAUUUGUAACAUUUCAUUGAUCUUUUAACAGCUUUUCUCUAAACCAUGUACUUAUGAAUUGAUAAAUAAAACGGAAUCAAAACGUG